CAAACCCCCCGAGCGGGGUCCUGAGCUCGGGGCAGGGUGGGCAGAGCCCUUUUCCCGGUGGAGCGGGAGCGGCGCUGGCAGCGGGAUCCAGGCAGGGAUCAGGUCUCGUAGCCAUAGCAGCGGGUAUUUAUUACAGCCGGGCCGCCUCCACCCCGGGGCUGAGGGACUUUAGCCCUUCAUCGAGGAGAAAAGUGGCAGCAGCCGCCUCCGAGCCCGACGGGCAGCGACGAACACCCGGAUCGGCCCCAAAAUCAUGGCAAAGUUUCUGUCCCAGGAUCAGAUCAAUGAGUUCAAGGAAUGUUUUUCCCUGUAUGACAAGAAACAAAAAGGGAAGAUAAAGGCCUCGGACCUGCUGGCAGUGAUGAGGUGCCUGGGAGCCAGCCCGACCCCGGGGGAGGUGCAGAGACACCUCCACCUGCACAGGAUCGACAGAAACGCAGAGCUGGAUUUCUCCACCUUCCUGAACAUCAUGUACAGGCAGAUGAAGCAGGAGGAGCCCGAGAGGGAAAUCCUGACGGCGCUGGCCAUGAUCGACAGGCAGAGGAGAGGAGUCAUCCCUGUGGCAGAGCUGAGGGCAAAGCUCACCAGGCUGGGGGAGAAGCUUUCUGAGGAGGAAGUUGAUGACCUGCUGAAAGAAGCCAAAAUUGGGCCAAAUGGAACAAUAAAAUACGACGAAUUUGUUCGCCUCAUUUGCCUUCCCACGGUCGACUACUGAAAUCCUACAGGAGGUUUGCUACAAGCAGGACCUGAAAGUUGUUUUUCACUUCAAUUUUUCCUACUUGGACUUCUGGAUCAUUUGCCUUUAAAAAGCCUUGUUUUGCCUUUAUAACAGUGCUUAAACUUACACAGGUUCCCACCUCAUUUCUGGAGAAACGGUGUCACAAAAUGUGAGUUAUUUAAAUUAAACCGAGCGUGACAUUCCCCUCCUGCAA